UACCAGUAAACUGUUGGCUACCAUGCAACAGGCCAGAUUUUCUCAUGGUGUUUCAAUCUUUGGUGACAAGACACUGAUUCUUGGUGGUAGGGUAGAUUGGUUUUCUACUACAAAUCUUGCAAGUGUUUUGUUGUAUGAUAUUACUAAGAAUGAAUGUAAGGAAUUAGCAGCCCUUCCCUAUCCCGUGUCUGGAAUGGCCACAGUCAAGUGGGGUGAUGACAGUGUGAUCAUAGUCGGAGGUGCUGAUAGUGACGGUCAACCAUUAAACAAAGUUUUAUUGUACAACAUCAAGACCCAGAAGAGUCAUAUGUUGCCAGACAUGGAGAGUAAGAGGAGAGGAUGUGUAGCUGCAGUUGUCAGAGACACUGUGAUUGUCAUGGGAGGCAGAAAUAAAAGAGGAAAGUGCUUGAUGUCUGUAGAAUGUUUUCGAUUUGAUCGCUAUAGCUGGCAAGAACUUCCAGAAAUGCAUACAGCAAAAUACUUGGCUACUGCAGUUGUAUGUUAAUUAUCUAUUGUAUAUAUUAGCAACCUAAUGGUGUUGUUGCAUUAUUUCUACACACUUUUGAACGUGGGAUAUUAAAAUAGUUUUGUAGAUAUAGAUUUUUCUGUGUUGGUGUAAUGUGAUGCUUGCGAUGUUACUCUGAGUGUAUAUCC